AUGGCCUCAAGAAGAGGACAAGGGACAUCUCCUCCUAUGCCUCCUGGUGCCACGGAAGUGGCUGCAACCGGACAAGCUUCAUCCUCCCGUUCAAAUAGCUAUCCGCAAAUGUCUCUCAAUGCCAUGUUCAAUGCUCCUGCUAGGAUAUCCCAGCCACACCUCCAUCCUAAUAAGCUCAAUGGAGCUUUAUGGUUCUCUAUUGACCCAUCAGUGAAUGCUUUCAUCCGUGCAACAUGGCAAGCAUACUACAUGGGACCUUGGAAGAGUUGGAGGUCUGUCCCUGACGAAAGGAGGGAUUCAUGGUGGCAGACGUUUGUGCAAAAUUUCUACUGGGAGCAACAAUUUAAUGACUUGGUCUAUGCUCUCUGGAAGAAGGAAACAUGGACUUCGAUUGGUGAACGGAUUAGCACCAAGAAGAGGAAAAACAAGCAGCCAAAGUACAUCAAUGAGAAUGACUGGACGACCCUUAUGGAGUAUUGGGCGACAGAACCAGCCAAGAAGAAGAGCAAAGACGCUGCUAAAAGCCGCAAGUCUGACCCUCUGGGUAAAGGGGUAUACAAGCACAAUGCAGGACCGACGGUUGAGACUGGUGAACCUCCAUCCUACACAGACCUUGUCAGGAGGACACACACGAAAAAGGAUGAGACUUUUGGGGACCCCAAGCUAAUCCUCAGCAACAUCCCCCUUCUACUCAGGCUCAAGACCCUUCGACUCAGGCUUAGAUUCAUAUGCAUGUGUAGCAUCUUUUGA